AUUUCAGUUUCAUAUUAACAUGAAAGUAUGUUAGAUGUUGUAAUUAUAACUGUAAGAAAGAGAAAAAGGAAAAAAGAAAAACUGCUUUUUGAAUUACGAUCGCCACGAAACGAGGAUUUUCUGAUGGCAAACAGCGCAAGAACAAUCGUCACUGUAUCAAAAUCGACAUGUCGACUCCUUCGUCUUCCUCCUUCUUCAGCUUCCAUUAACCUCCAUACCCCAUUCUUUCUCUCCUAUCCUCCGCCUCCAAAUCCCAACACCAGAAAUGGAAUACCCAUCUCUCGUUUUUGCUCGCCAUUUAACACCUCCUUCCAUGGACCAACCUUCUCUUCUUCCACUCGAACCCCAUCCAUGUCCAUUAAUCUACAGUCCCAUGCCUUUGCACGAAACCCCAUCAGAUCCAAAACCCCUAAACCCGGACAUCCCCUUUUCCCCGAUUCAUCCUUCGAAUCGCUGAAAACGAAGCUUCUGACCAAAACCCCUUUGAUAUCUUCUCCAGAUUUCAAAAUUUUGCCCUUCAAGAAGGGUUGGCCUUUGGUUUCUUGCAAUGGCGGGAAGGGGAAUGGUGAUUCGGCGUCUGGUUGGGGUCUGGGUUGGAUUAGCUUGGCUGAUUGCAAAAGUUUAUUGGCAUUGCGUGGUUCGCAGCUGACGGAGGAUUUGUUCGUUUAUCUUGGUUCUUCUGUUGAAGAUGAUGCUGUUUACUGGGCCAUUGACUUCUCCGGUGAGGAUGAUUUGGAUGAGGAAUUGGGUCGGAAACAGCUCAGUUUUAUCGAGCUGCGAACGCUCAUGGUGGCAACGAAUUGGUCGGAUUCAUGGGCAAUGGGACAAUUGGCUGUUGCUGGUCAUGGCAGGGCUUUGCUAGAUUGGCAUAGGACAUCACGUUUCUGUGGACAUUGUGGAGAAAGAACAGUCCCAAUGGAAGCUGGAAAACGAAGGGAAUGCUCCAAUCAGUCAUGUAAAUUGAGGAUUUUCCCUCGUGUCGAUCCUGUUGUUAUCAUGUUAGUCAUUGACCAGGAGAAUGACCGUGCACUCUUAAGCAGGCAAUCGAGAUAUGUGCCCCGAAAAUGGAGUUGCUUAGCUGGUUUUAUGGAGCCAGGAGAAAGUUUGGAAGAAGCUGUGAUAAGAGAAACCUUGGAAGAGACUGGUAUUGAAGUUGGAGAGGUGGUCUAUCACAGUUCUCAGCCAUGGCCAGUUGGACGAAGCACCAUGCCGUGUCAAUUGAUGGUUGGGUUCUUUGCAUAUGCGAAAUCACUUGAUAUCAGGGUGGACAAGGCAGAGUUGGAAGAUGCUCAAUGGCACAAAAGAGAAGAUGUGAAACGAGCUUUGACAUUAAGUGAAUACGAGAAGACACAACGAACUGCAGCAGCCAAAGUCGAACAAAUGUGCAAGGGAGCUGAAACCAGACACAGCGGAGAUUUCAAUGCUGAAGAUAGUGGACUUGCUUCCAUGUUAUUUCCUGGCCCUUACGCAAUAGCUCAUCAACUUAUCUCAUCUUGGGCAUAUCAAGACAAUGGAAAAUGAAGCUGAAGCUCAUAUGCAUCAACCAUGUGAUCAACAUUCCAGGAUGAAUUUGAUACAGCAACUUGGCUUCUGGCUGGGGCUCAUUUGAAUUGCAUAGUGCCUGGGCAUUGACAACACAAAUUCAAUUGUGUGAGAGUCGUAGUUAGGAAUACAUUAGGAUUAUUAGUAGGAUAUUAGCAAGGGCGUAAGGAUCAUUAGAUUAGAGUGCCUUAGGGUUUAGUUUUAAAUAUAAUGUGUUGGGGUUCUUAGAGUGAAGAUUUCGGUAAGAAUUUCCAUUAUGAAAAUUUGAAGCCCUCUUGAAAAGUUAUUGGCGUCUUUUAACUUCUUUUAUAUUGCAAGAUAUUACUAUCUUUACUUGUGUUCUUUAUUGUUCUUUGAUUGUUAUUUUAUUAGGAUAUGACCUAAUGAGACAAAACAAUCAAGAACAUUAAAGAACGAAAAGAUUGUAAUAUAUUGCAAUACGAAAGAAGUUGCAACAUACCAUCAAUAGCCUUUGAGAGAGCUAUCUCUCUCCCAAAUUCCCACAAUGGAAUUUCCUACCAAAAUCUUCACACCUCUCUAAGAACCGUAACACAGUAUGUUUAUAACCAAGACACUCCUGGCUAAUACCCCUCACGCUCUUUCUAAUAUCCUACCAAUAAUCCUAAUGUAUCUCUAACUUGGGCUCUCACGAACUGUUCCUUCCUUCUAAACACAGAAUCCUUUUACUUGUUAUCUCAUUGUCUGAAAGACCAAUGUGUAGGCGAACAUUCUUCACAUACUAUGUUUUUUUCAUGACAGCACAUGCUUGUUCCAGAUUCAUCCACUUGGUUCCGAAUACCAUCUGUAUCUGUGGCUGUAGCUAAUGAAUUGAUGUUUGUCACUUGAUGAUAUUGGUUUUACCAUUGGCUCC